AUGCGGCCCUUUGGCAACAACGACUAUAAAAUCCCCCAUGUGAAAAAGUCGAAAUUGAUGGCCCGAUGUAUGCUCCUGGAGGUCUUUGGGUACGACAAGGAAGUUUUGAGCGCGAAUUUGGCAUUAGGUGACUUGUGUACAGAGAUUGAAUUGCUCAAAAUCGCCGAGAAUGAUACGCAGGAUGAGGACAAGCUCAACUGGGAUAUCAAGUUCUUUUAG